GAACAUAAUUGUCGAACGAGCUCAAGCUCAGCUCAGUUCAGCUUCACAGGUAGUACGUGGCUGCAGUGUAGAGACGGAAGAGCUCACCCUUCACUCGCUAGCUAGCUAUCUCCUUUCAGUCGAGUCACCGGCUCACCGCCAUGGCGCUCAGCCUCCGGGCCGCCGCGUCCCUCGCCUCUCCGCCGUCGGGCCCACGCCCCGGCCGACGCGCCGCCUCGGUGGUCCGCGCCACGGCGUCCCCCGCGGCGCUCGGCAACCGGAACCGGCGGCGAGAGCAGAACGUCUCCGGCGAGUUCUUCGUCGAUCACCGGUGCAUCGACUGCGCCACCUGCCGGUGGAUGGCGCCGGAGGUGUUCAAGAGGAUGGACGGCAUGUCCGCCGUGGCGGCGCAGCCCAGCUCUGAGGAGGAGAGGACCAAGGCACUGCAGGCUUUGCUCUCUUGCCCAACAGCCUCGAUCCACACCGACAAGCCCGCGAAGGACAUUCUCCAAGUGCAGAACACGUUCCCGCUCCCCAUCGACGACGAUCUUCCUGGUGUUUACCUUUGCGGUUACCAUUCCGAGUCCUCAUAUGGAGCAACAUCUUAUCUCAUAGUUCACCCAGAAGGAAACAUAAUGGUUGACAGUCCAAGGUAUACGCCGAAACUGGUGGACAAGAUUGAGAAGCUCGGUGGAGCGCGCUACAUGUUUUUGACCCACAUUGAUGAUGUAGCGGAUCAUCGGAAGUGGGCCGAGCGGUUGAAAUGCGAGAGAAUCAUCCAUUCAGGAGAUGUAGUGGACAUUACUGCUGAUGUCGAGUGGAAACUUACUGGAAGUGGUCCCUGGAACAUUGGAAAUGAUUUUGAACUUAUCCAUACCCCAGGCCAUACUGAAGGCUCGGUCUGCUUGUUGCACAAACCACUAAAGGCGCUAUUCACUGGCGACCAUGUCGCAAAAUCAGAAUAUUCAGACGAACUGAAUCUCUUUCGGAUGUACAGCAAGCAAUCAGUGAAUUUGCAACUGGAUAGUAUGAGAAAGUUACUGGACCUAGAUUUUGAGUGGUAUUUACCUGGGCAUGGCUAUCGAAUCCGGUAUGAAGAUGUACAGGCCAAAAAUGCAGCUAUUGAGUCUCUCCUAGCUAACUACAAAAACUAAGGCGCAUCUUGUGAUCACAUGCUUCGCAAAUAAGGAUUCCAGAAUAAAGGGACCAGGUUGAUAUGAAGUCCCUGUGUCCAACGAAAUAAUGAUCGAUGCUUUUACAUUUUGUCCAAACAUCAUGUAUUGUGGUACUUCAUAUAUCUCUCCCAAUGUACAAGGCAUGGGUAUCCUUAUAUCAAAUUAGAAAUAUUAUUGGAUCAUCCUGCAAAAGAAACUAUAUGUUAUUUCAGCAGAUUGUACAA